GAUAAGGCACGCCAGCAUCCAAAAUCCAGUCCGUGGGUAGUCCCGACUAAAAAAAAAAAAAAAAAAAAAAGGUAUUUAUUAAUUUUUUUAUCAGUCCUUUUUCCCCCAUCCAUCAAUCCAUUUCCUACCGCUUGUUAUUGGGUCUCCUAGCCGGGACGUCAUCACGCUCGCGCCACAAAGUCGGCAAAUGGCGAAAUCGUUGGGGAAACAUAAAAUUAGACUCUGGGUGUAGAGUUUUUAAACGUCUUGUUUAAUAGAUGUCAUCAGUGUUUGAACCUGGCAAUAAUACAUAAAGACUCUCAAAUAUUUCUAAUAAUCAAACAUUUUUUUCUCUCUUGGGUAGUGUUAUUUUUAGUAUCAUUCAUGCAGCCCUCUUUUGCUUGAACGGACGCUGAGUGGUGACGUUAGGUAACAUUUGUUAGUGUGCACGGCUGCUUCCCUUUAGCUUUUGGUUACGGCACGGUGACGCAAAAGGCCGCCCAAAAAAGGGCACCCUCCUCUCCCGAUGGCAGUGAGAUGCGGUUUAAAAAGGCCCACGCCAGCUUGCCGACCGCGCACACACACCACACACCGCACACCCAUGAAGACGGACAGCAGCGCCAACCAGGCGGCGGCCUUCGGCGGGCGGAGGCAGAGUCUCAUCGAGGACGCCCGGCGAGAACGCGGUGGGCUCCCGGUGGGGCCGCCGGGGCACCCGAAGACCGUGGAUGGAAACGUGUUCGAGGAGAAGGAGGGCAGGGCGACCCUCAACCUGCUGUUUGCCCUCAGCAGCGAGAAGAACUCUGGAUUUUUCAAAACGGGGAAAAUAUUCGAGGUAAUGAAGGUGACAUUUGAAGCCAAACUUCUGCACAUGGAAAGUCGACCGGGGAAGAAUUCAAAGAACAGCACGUCGGACUUGGAGUUCUUCAUCAAGUGUGAAGUCCACAGCUCGGACGUGGACGUCUUCAUCAACUCGCUGAGGAGAGUGGUUGACAACGUUAAGUACACCCCAGAGGAAAAAGUCCCGUGGUUUCCUCGACAGAUAAAAGAGCUGGACAGAUGCAACUUGUUGAUAACCAAAUUUGAUCCCGACAUGGACAAGGACCAUCCGGGCUAUACCGACCAAGAAUAUAGGAAGAGGCGCGCCUUCAUUUCCGAGCUGGCCUUCAGAUACAAACAAGGUGACUUGCUGCCGGAGGUGGAGUACACCGCAGAAGAAACAGCCACAUGGAGAGAAGUGUACAAGAAGUUACGCAGCAUUUACCCUAAACUGGCCUGCCGGCAGUUCCUGGACGGUCUGCAGCAGCUGGAGCGGGAGUGCGGCUACGGAGAGGAGCGCAUCCCUCAGCUCAGAGACGUCUCCGCCUUUCUCAAAGAAAAAACAGGUUUCCAACUGCACCCGGUCGCUGGCCUCCUGUCCGCCAGAGACUUCCUGGCCAGUUUGGCCUUCCGAGUGUUCCAAUGCACGCAGUACAUCCGCCAUUCCUCGGCACCCAUGCAUUCCCCUGAGCCAGACUGCUGUCAUGAGCUGCUUGGACACAUCCCCAUGCUGGCAGACAAGGAGUUUGCCCAGUUUUCCCAGGAGAUCGGCCUGGCCUCACUCGGAGCUUCACAAGAAGACAUUGAGAAACUAUCCACGUUAUACUGGUUCACCGUGGAGUUCGGACUCUGCAAACAGAACGGGACGGUGAAAGCUUACGGCGCCGGCCUCCUCUCGUCCUACGGCGAGCUUGUUUAUGCUCUGUCCAACGAGCCGGAGUACAAACCCUUCAACCCGGAGGAAACUGCUGUGCAGCCGUAUCAGGAUCAAACCUACCAGCCAGUUUACUUCGUCUCUGAUAGCUUGGAGGACGCCAAGAUUAAACUGAGGAAGUACUCUGCGACCAUCGAGAGGCCCUUUGCGGUGCGAUACGAGCCUUUCACCUGCGCCGUUGACGUACUGGAUCAGCCCAGCAAGAUUGUAAACGAACUGCGCAGGUUGCGAGAAGACCUGAAGACGCUGCAGGGUGCCUUGGAGAAGCUGAGUUCCUCUUGAGGACAUCAAGAAAAAAAACUCAACUGGACAGGAAUGACACAAAUGUAAAAUAAGAGGACAUAGUCACUGUCCCGUUGCCUCAAGUCCUCGUCUGUUUGUUUAUUGUGAAGAUGUGCAAGAAAUUUAAACAUUUAUU